AAUCCUCCCCUCCUUGUACCGAAAACUCAUGUUCUCUUCAGCAGGCAUUCCCAUUUCAUUCAGUUGUUUUGAUGACUGUCUUCUGAAGUGAAGCUAUAAGACUUGCUGUAUGGAAUCUUGUUCUGUAGCAUGGGAGAAGAGGAAGGACUCCACCAAACACAGUUACUGGACACAAUGUUUGUGCGAGGACUGAAGAGAAAAUGUUUUGAUGGUGAAGAAGAUAUUGAAGGAACACUGGCUGGCUUUAAGGCUAUCCCUUCAUAUAAUCUUCAGCGACAGUCACUUUUAGAUAUGUCUUUGGUCAAACUUCAAUUAUGUCACAUGCUCGUUGAACCUAAUCUUUGUCGUUCGGUACUUAUAGCCAAUACAGUGCGGCAAAUCCAAGAGGAAAUGACCCAGGAUGGGACUUGGCAGAUGAUAAAUACACAGAGUGCAGGACAGACUUCUCUGGAUCGUCUAGUUUCAACAGAUAUCCUUUGCCGUUCAUCCAAGGAACAAGCUGAAGGAAAACUUGUUCCAGUUUACAGUACCUUCACUAAAGACUGUGAGGGUACCCAGUCACAAGAUAAUUCGGAAAUUAUGUCAACAGUUACGUCACCACAAGUUCCAAAAAACCUACAAAGUAACAUGUGGGAAAUGGAGAACCCACAAGAAAAUAGAGGAAACUUUCAAAAAUCAUUAGAUCAAAUAUUUGAGACGUUAGAGAAUAAAAGUCCUAAUACAGUUGAAGAUCUAUUUUCAGAAGUUGACAAUUCUUACUAUGACCUAGAUACAGUAUUAACAGGAAUGAUGAGCAACACAAAAAUGGGACACUGUGAUCUCGAAACAUUUCCUUCUCAGACAUCCACAAAUUCUAACUCUAACUGUAAAUCUGAUCUUAAUGAGCUUGAUCAUAUUGUGGAGAUCCUUGUUGAAUCUUGAAACUGUUAAAUGUGCAGAAAACAAAGAUCCUUCAAGGAAACAGAGGACCUGUGGAAACAAUUUUUAAGAUAGUUUAUUCUAUCUAAACUGCACAUGUAUUUUAUAAAAAAAUAUAUAAAGCGCUUCAUAUUGCAGAACGUUAAUUUUGAAGUUACAUGCAAUUUGUAGUGUCACUGUUUUGUCCAUUUGACUGUAAAUACAUACUGUAGAUUUAAGUUGGAGCCCAAGGCUUUCAGAAUUGAGCUGCCUUUUUUUUUUUUUUUUUUUUUUUUUUUUGCAAAAUUUCUAACUUUUUGAAGGGGGUGUAUGUUCAGUGAGGGUUUCUCUCUUUUGUUUUCCUUCCCCCCCCCCCCUCCCUGCCACCUCCCCCCCCGCCCAAGAGGCAGCAGUUAGAGAGACUGGGUUCUUCUUUACCUCCUGACUCUGGAUCAACACUUCAUUCCUACCACCACUUAAUUCCUUCUCUAUCCACUUCCUCUGUUCUGCUUGCAGUUACUGCAGGCUCUUGAGGAGCAAUAUGCAAUAGUUCCUAUUAUCCUAGUUUUUAGUCUGUUUCUGCGCAAAAAAAAUGGUUUAAAUAUAGUUUUUAAAGUGUUUAUCAAUGUUUAGAUUUUUCCAGCUAUUUUCCUAAAGUAUAUUUUUACUAUAAAUGUCCUGUCAGCUGCUAAUUUAGUAACUUUUAAUCAUAAAUAUUUGCAGUUGAUGUAUUUUUGAAAGACUUUCAAGAAGGGAUUUAUUUUUACCAUGAGCUACCUUAUGUAGUUCAGCAAAGUGUGUAAGUGUAAAUAUACGUUUUAUACGUUACAUUAAAAUGUAAGCGCUGUUUUCAUUGUUUUAUAGAGUAGUACUUUACUAAACUAAGAAUUGUACAAUUAUGCUUUUUAUACAACUUGAGCAUCAUUAGAGGAAAAGCUGAUACAGCUAGGUGCAAUUCCAGUUCAAACCACAUCUUUGUUAAUUUCAGACCUAAAUUAUACAGGUUUUUAUUUAUGUGUAUUUAUAUGUAAAUGUCAUCAAAUGAAUUGUUUAUCAGUCUACCAUCAAAUAGUUGUUUAUAUGAGAACUGUCUUGCGCUAAUUACUACAAAAAGUAUUACUAGAGGCCUUUAAAUCUCUAAUGAUGAUGUGUUCCGAUGUCUUGUCUAGAUUAGUAUGUCCCAGUCUACCUAGACUUUCUUAUCAAACUAUUUUUUGAUUAACAAAGUUAAUAUAAUGUCGGUUAGUAUUUGCUUUCAUUAAGGACUUACACAUUCGUUUUAGAGUGUGUGUAAUUCAUCUUGUCCCUAAGGGCACUUUUGGGGGGGGCAGAAUCAAAUUUGAUGUACCUUUUUUUGCUAUAAAAUGAGCAAUUUUUACCUUGGUAAACUGGUGCUGGGGAAAAAAAUCAAAAUAUAUGAUAGGAAAGGGAGGGAAAGAUGUUGUUCCUGGAACCUUUUGGUAUUGUCUAUAUGGGGAGAAGAGAUUGCAGAUAGUUCAGUAGUUUUCACUAGUGUAUCAAGGGACUGAGAACAACGUGGAAAAAAUAAACGUGUUUUGCGUUUAGCAGACCUUUUUGUCCUCCCACAGGUGAUCUGACACUUCAUGUCUGUCUUGUGAUUCUCAAAUCUCUAUAACUAGGGAUUUUAAGUACAUUCCAGUUCCUCACUUCCAUGAAACUUGUUUCUAAAUAUAAAUACUCUUGUUUCUAGCGUGUAGCUGAAUGUGUCUUUAACUUAAAAUUUUAAUAGUUUAAGUGCUUUUGAAAAUGGCUGGUUGAAAGGCAGCAUUGAGUAGCUAAGCUUUCCCACUACAGUAGGUGGAUGCAUAUUUUUAACUCAAGUUUGUGUCGGACAAUACCGUUGGUAUGUGAGCUUUCAGUGAACACGAAAAUGGUGUGGUUUUUUUGUAUUAAACUUGGACAUGAGGUGGUCUUUA